UGUUUGUCUCCUCCUCCAUCAAAAAGUCACCUUUCGUUCUAGUUGCUUCCAAUUUCUACUUUUAUCUCUCCUUUCUCAAUUCGCUAUUACAAACUAUUCUCUUUUAUGCAAUUGGUGUGCACUCAAAUCAUCAAAAAUAUCUCGAUUUAUGCUUCGAUUCUCUUUGGUAAUGAAGUAUCUGUAUCUCAAUCUGGGUACUUUCAAUUCUGUUAAAUAAAGUUGUCUCCUUUUAUCAAUUUUCGCCCUGAAAAACCCCAAAUUCUGUUGAUUUUGUUUAAAGGUCCUCAUAAUGGGGUCCUUCCUAUUUUUAGUGGGUUUUCUCAUCUUGUGAAGAAUUUAUUCUAUAUGCAAUUAAUCAAAUAUAUAUAGAUUAUGUUCUUAAUCUAGGGUUUUUGCUUUCCAUCUUUGCAUAUAUUCUUAAGUUGCAAUGUCAACUGUCACCCUGUUCUUCCACUAUUGAAAAUUUUGGUCAAUUUCACCAAAUCCCACAAAAAAAAAAUUGAUUUUUUUUUCAUUGACUUAGUUGAUUUAGUGCCUAUUUUACUAACCCACACCACCUGUUUGAUAAAAUUCCCCAACCAAAAAAAAAAUGGAUGAGGGAGAAGCAGAGCCUGCUGAUCCUGCUUUCUUACAAACUUCUAGCCCAGCUAAUAGUACUAAUGAUACUGUUUCAGGUGGAUUAACAUCUGUUGAUUACAUCCUUGAUCAGUUUUUGAAGCAUACAAAAACUUGUACACAUACUCAUACUUGUAAUCCACCUGGUCCUGAUGCUGCACAUACUCACACUUGUUAUCAUACUCAUACACAGUUAAUUUCUUCUGAAGAAGAUGUCAAAAAUAGAUGUGAUACCUCAUCUUUGAAACCUAGGAAGUCUUUAGGUAAUCGCGAGGCGGUUAGGAAGUACCGAGAGAAGAAGAAGGCGCAUACCGCCUACUUAGAAGAAGAGGUUAAGAAGCUUCGUUUAGUGAAUCAGGAUUUGGUAGGGAAGCUUCAAAAUCAAGCUAUUUUUGAGGCUGAGAUAUUGAGAUUGAGAGGUCUUUUGAUUCAUUUUCGAGGGAAGAUUGAUAGUGAAUUGAACACUUUUCGGAUUCAGAACAGUUGUAAUUCUAAUGCUGAUGGUAGUAGUUUUAAGGAAGGUGAUUAUGGGAUUCAGUCUACUAGUAGUAAAGGAAUUAGAUUGGAGUAUCAACCUCAAGUUCCAUGCUUCCUUACACAAGGAAACAUGUCUUUGAGUGUUGGUAAUGGUCGAGGAGGUGAGAAUGCUGAUUACUUGUGGCAAGAAAGUUGUCGUCCUGUGAGCGUAGAUUGUCAUGUUAAUGGAAAUAGUGUGGUUGGUGCUUCGGAUCCUCAGCUUCAAGAUAUAGAAACCUUGGUUUCUGCUAAAAAUCAGAGUUCAUAGCUCAAGGAAACUGUCCACUAAUGCUUGGUAAUAGAUAUAGAUACAUUCUGAUUUUAGCAGUGUAUGAAUAUCAUGCAAAUGUUUAGUCUUAUAUUGUAAAUUAGUUGCACAGAAACUAUAUGUUAAUACUGAUUGAUUGUUGCAGAACAUCUGAACAUGGUAUGACAUGAUUUGUACAUAUUGAAUUUCCAUACUUUCUAUACUUUACCUGUGGAUUGUGGAACUGUACUGAUGAUUUGUACUGCAAGAGUACAAGGGCGCUUACAGUUCUGGCGUAAGAAUAUAGUUAUGUCUUUGGGCUUC